AUGUCGAAGCGACACGAGUGCUCGGUGUGGGGCGCACUGGCGCUGACGCUGCGAGUCUCACGAGUGGCAGGUGUGGCGCCGCUGCGAAUGGUGCGCGAGCGAGACGGCUGGCGCGCCAGUGUCUCGCGCCCGGUCGCUCUCUACGGCUAUACACUGCUGUUUGCGCUACACACAGGCAUCUUGACGGGUAUAGCAUUAGAUUUAAACUUGGACAAGAAACGCUCGGUGAUCACCAGGACUCCGACGGCCACUACCAUGUGGCUGAUAGAAUCGUUUGUCGUGACUACCAUCGUCACUAUUCAGGCACAGACCAUCAACAAAACUCUUAAAAGUGGCGCGGACACCAAGACACUAACUGGGGCCCUCGCUAUAGUGGGUGCCAACUGGUAUUUCGCAGAAUAUCUGUCUACCUUCUUGUUUGAAGCGUUUACGCAUAACAAAGAUUGGAGAGUAGUUAUCAUCUACUCGUGCUUCUUCUUCGAGUUCCUGAUGAUGACGUUGUUGCUGCUUCAAUUCAUCUUCAUCGCUCUCGUGGUCAAGUCCUUGUUGAAGUCCAUCAACGACACCCUUAGUGAUCUCAUCUAUACUGUCGACUUGCAAAGAAUGUCCUACAUGCCUUGCUACUUGGCCAGUACAGGAAAUAUAAAGAAUAUCGCAAUUCCAAUACACUCUAUCAACAUCGCCGUUGAUAAAAUGCAUGUGAAAGAGAAGAUGAAAAAAUUUGAUUCCACAACAGAGGCGAAUCUUGAAGAGCACAUCCGCAGCCUGAUCUUAUACUUCGGCACGGCAUGCGACGUGGUGCGCCGCGUAGACCGCAGCUACGGCCACAUCAUGCUGCUUAUAGUGGGCUCAUACAUGCUCUACCUCGUCGUGCCCGCCUACUACUUCGUCUCUUUCCUUUUGAGUACAAAAAUGCGGCGACUGGAUGUGAUGCUACAAGUGAUCAACUAUCUCUUCCAUUUCACAUACACUGUGAUAGGCGUGGAACCGGGACAUAGGACUAGUCUGGAGAUGGACCGCACGCAGCAGUUGGUAACGGAGCUGGUGCAGCGAGUGUCGACUGCGCAGGAUUCCGUGACGCUCGGGUCACGGAAUCCUGCGCUCGGGUCGGGCUCGGGGAAGGUCACUUACUCGCCUAUGGGCGUCUGUACUAACAAACCUGCUAACACGUUGUUGGGCACAUCAAACAAGUCCGAAUGCGUGGUGUGGGGUGCGCUGGCGACGUCGUUACGACUGUCCCGGUUGUUCGGUGGCGCGCCGCUGCGGUUGGUGCGCGAACGCAACGGCUGGCGGGCCAAAGCGUAUCGCGUGUACAGGCUGGCGGGCGGGAGGGGGGAGGGUGACAUCGCUCAGUGCACGCCACUCACAUCCCUCGUCUCCACUGUGCGUCGUUCACUCACAGCUCACAUCUCCGCUUCCAUCGCGCCAUACCGCAUGAAGCGGAGCGGAAAGAUGUGUCAAUAA